AUGGCAACUCUGCAAUCUCUUUCAUUAGCCUCUCCUGUGGCACAUCACUUGCAGCAGCAACCCCGUUCUUUCUUAGGCUCGAGAUCUUGGGCUGUGCAUAAUAGUUCACACACGCUGUUCAAUGGCCAAUCUUUGUGCUUGCCUCGCCUGCGGUUGCCCUCAAUCAGGCGAAAAUCGCAGACCUCUGGACUUAUUACAAUGAUGGUCAAACCAACAAUUCAGUUCGUUCAAGGAACUGAUGAACAGACAGUACCGAAUGUAAGGCUAACUAAGUCGAGAGAUGGUACGAAUGGUAUGGCUAUAUUCACCUUUGAUCAACCUUCAGUUUUUGACUCAUCUGCUGAAGUUGGUGAUAUCACUGGUUUUUACAUGAUUGAUGAGGAAGGGGUUCUUCAAUCAGUUGAUGUUAGUGCCAAAUUCGUCAAUGGCAAGCCAGCAACGAUUGAAGCAAAAUAUGUCAUGCGGACCCCUAGAGAUUGGGACAGAUUCAUGAGAUUCAUGGAGAGAUAUGCUAAUGCAAAUGGCUUAGAAUUUGUCAAGAAAUGA